AUCAAGCCUGUCGAAGUUGAGAAACCAAUUUUACCAGUGACUGAGAUCAAGGCUGUCGAAGCUGAGAAACCUAUUUCGCCACUGACUGAGAUCAAACCUGUCGAAGCUGAGAAACCAAUUUCGCCAGUGACUGAGAUCAAACAUGUCGAAGCUGAUAAACCAAUUUCACCAGUGACUGAGAUCAAACCAGUCGAAGCUGAGAAACCAAUUUCGCCAGUGACUGAGAUUAAACCUAUCGAAGCUGAGAAACCAAUUUCGCCAGUGACUGAUGUCAAACAUGAAGAACCAGAGAAACCAAUUUCGCCAGUCACUGAGAUCAAACCUGUCGAAACUGAGAAACCAAUUGCGCCAGUGACUGAGAUCAAACCUAUCGAAGCUGAGAAACCAACUUCGCCAGUGACUGAGAUCAAGCCUGUCGAAGCUGAGAAACCAAUUUCGCCAGUGACUGAGGUCAAGCCUGUCGAAGCUGAGAAACCAAUUUUGCCAGUGACUGAGGUCAAACAUGAAGAAUCAGAGAAACCAAUUUCAAAAUUGACUGAAAUCAAGCCUGUCGAAGCUGAGAAACCAAUUUCGCCAAUGACUGAGAUCAAGCCUGUCAAAGCUGGGAAACCAAUUUCACUAGUGACUGAGGUCAAACCAGUCGAAGUUGAGGAACCAAUUUCGCCAGUGACUGAGAUCAAAUCUGCCGAAGCUGAGAAACCAAUUUCGCCAUUGUCUGAGAUCAAGCCUGUCGAAGCUGAGAAACCAAUUUCGCCAGUGACUGAGAUCAAACCUGUCGAAGAUAAGAAACCAAUUCCGCCAGUGACUGAGAUCAAGCCAGUCGAAGCUGAGAAACCAAUUUCACCAGUGACUGAGAUCAAGCCUGUCGAACCUGAGAAACCAAUUUCACUAGUGACUGAGAUCAAGCCUGUCGAAGCUGAGAAACCAAUUUCGCCAGUGACUGAGGUCAAGCCUGUCGAAAUUGAGAAACCAAUUUCGCCAGUGAGUAAGAUCAAACCUGUCGAAGCUGAGAAACCAAUUUCGCCAAUGACUGAGAUCAAGCCUGUCAAAGCUGAGAAACCAAUUUCGCCAGUGACUGAGGUCAACCCAGUCGAUAUUGAGGAACAAAUUUCGCCAGUGACUGAGAUCAAAUCUGCCGAAGCUGAGAAACCAAUUUCGCCAGUGACUGAGAUCAAGCCUGUCGAAGCUGAGAAACCAAUAUCGCCAUUGACUGAGAUCAAGCCUGUCGAAGCUGAGAAACCAACUUCAACAUUGACUGAGAUCAAGCCUGUCGAAGCUGAGAAACUAAUAUCACCAGUGACUGAGAUCAAGCCUGUCGAAGCUGAGAAACCAAUUUCGCCAGUGACUGAGAUCAAACCUAUCGAAGCUGAUAAACCAAUUUCACCAGUCAAACAUGAAGAACCAGAGAAACCCAUUUCGCCAGUGAUUGAGAUCAAGCCUGUCGAAGAUAAGAAACCAACUUCGCCUGUGACUGAGGUCAAGACUGUCGAAGCUGAGAUACCAAUUUCACCAGUGACUGAGGUGGAACCAGUCGAAGCUGUGAAACCAUCUUCGCCUGUGACUGAGAAACCAAUUUCGCCUGUGACUGAGGUGAAGCCUGUCGAAGCUGAGAAACCAAUUUCACCAGUGACUGAGGUGGAACCAGUCGAAGCUGAAAAAUCAAUAUCGCCUGUUACUGAGAUCAAGCCUGUCGAAGCUGAGAAACCAAUUUCGCCUGUGACUGAGGUGAAGCCUGUCGAAGCUGAGAAACCAAUUUCGCCUGUGACUGAGGUGAAGCCUGUCGAAGCUGAGAAACCAAUUUCACCAGUGACUGAGGUGGAACCAGUCGAAGCUGAAAAAUCAAUUUCGCCAAGAAACCAACUUCGCCAGUGA